AUGAAGGGCAUAUAUGAGUCAAUGCAGUUGGACCCUUCCUUUUCACUACCCUGCUUGUGCCCUUCCUUCAAGCCGGGACAACGGAAUCCGCUCAACCGUCACGCAUCAUCUGGACAGGAUCAGUUCAAAUUGAGGUGUGGUCGCCGCUUGGAGGCAUUGACUUUGCAAAUCUCGAUAGCGGCAAAACUAUCUCAGCAUCCACCGACUACGGAGCGACAAAGUGCGCAAACCUCUUUCUCGCACACGAAGCUGCCGCAAGAUGGGGAGACCAGGACAUCAUCAGCGUUUGUCAUAACCCUGGAAACCUGCACACUAGCAUUUUUGAUGGCAGACAUCAUUGGCUGUUCGUUCUUAUUCUUGAGAACAUUCCUCCUCUACGACGCCAAAUACGGAUUCUCAGAGAAGAUCACCCAAGCCCAGAAUGGUUACUAUGUGUGGCCGUUUGGCAUCAUAAAGCCCUGUGCGCGAGCGGAUGUUUACAAGGCAAUCGAUGAGGGGAGGGCGAAGCAGUUCUGGGAAUGGUGCGAGGAGAAAGCAAAGCCAUUCAUGUGA